AUGGAAACAGUCAACAAAGUUGUCGACGCCGGCUACAAAGCCCUCUGGGGAGAAGACACCGGCACCACCACUCAGCAGCAACAGCAUGCAACAGCCACCGGGUCUACUGCCGACAACAACCAGUCGAGUUUCAACGCGGUUGUAGAUGCAGGUAAAAAGGCUGUUUGGGGUAGCACGGCCACGGAUGAUGCUACUACUUCCGAGCAGCAGAGUACGUCGCACGGCGAGGAACCUAUUUCCGGUGAGCGAGGGUUGGGGACGGCGAUGGAUCCGUAUGAUGCUGGGAACCGAGAGGAGGAAGAAGCAGUUUCGAAUGCCGUUGGCUCGAAGAACUCACAUACUAUCGAGCAACGAAAUGUCGAAAUGAGCCAGGGAGCCAGCAGCGGCACGGCUGCUGCUGCUGCUGCUACUACUACCACGGCAGAGCCAGACAUGUUGAAAACCACCGUCACAGGUCUGAAACGAGAUCCUUCAGAACCCGGCAAUAAUGCCACCGACUCGGCAUCAAGAGUCAUUGCCGACAAUGGUCCAGGCCAGUCGCUGAAACACACGAGUGAGCCAUUUCAGAAGGAGAGCGACAGAUUAGUGGAGGACUUGCAAGGCAAAUCUACUCAGGCAGAAACUCCAAAAGGACCAGCUUUCGGGACUGCGCCUGCAAUGGCAAUUCCAGCUCCAGUCCCUGCUCCAGCCCCAGUACAGACUCCCGCUCCAGCAGCGGCACUCGACGAGUCUGCAUCCAAGGCCAGCAAAGAAGAGGCUAGUAAAUCUUCCUUCUCGGGUACGUCCUCAAACACAAGCGGGAACGAGAGGCAGGAGGGACAGCAGAAAAGGAAGACUAGCAAGCUGGAGAAAGUGAAGAACAAGCUUCAUAUUGGUUCUCCCAAGGCCAAAUAA